AUGCAGCACCGCCAGAUGCACCAAUUUGCGGGGAGCGCCGCCCAUGCCGCCCACGCCGCCCACGCCGCCCACGCCGCCCACGACGCCCACAUUGUCAACACCAACACCAACACCAACACCGACACCGACUAUGCCAGCCGCACCCUCAUGGACCAGGCCACACGCGUCCUCAUGGCCCGCGCCACCUCGACAUGCACCAACGACAGCGACCCGGGCUGCACCAAGCCCACGCAGGUGCCCAUCCUCGUCAUCGUCCUGGCGACUGUCGUCCCCGUCGUCGGCAUCUUCAUCGUCCUGUUCUUCCUGCACCGCCGCAACCAGAGGAAGCUGGCCGAGGAGGACAAGGACAAGUACCGCUCCAUGGACUUUGGCCUCGAGCACGAGCGCGCGCCCGGCGGCCGCGUGGGCGUGCGCAAGGGGCCCGAGAUGAGCGUCACCGACGUCGACAAGGAGAUGAAGGGCACCCACGACCGCGGCAUCUCGCUCGAGCACGGCAGCCCGUACAUCCUGCCCGUCGGCCUGCACGGCUCGCGUGAGUCGUUCCACUCGCUCUCGCGCUCCACCCACGACCCGCACGACCCCUACCGUCCCGUGACCUUCAUGACGGACAGCGCGAGCAUCCGCAGCCCCAGCCACGCCUACGGAAAGGACAACGCCUCCCUGUACACCUCCUCGAGCGCAGGCACAAAGGGGAGAAACGGCGACGGCCUCGGCCUGCUGCAGAACGCCCAGCGCAUGUCCACCUCGCACCCCAUCCGCUCCGAGUCCCUCUCCCCCGACGGCACCCGCUCGCCCAUGCGCUUCCCCGACCCAGCCGCCCCGCCCCUCAGCCCACUGAACCCGCGCACCGCCGACCAGCCCCAGCUGCCUGCACCGUCGCCCGCCGGCUCCGAGAUCAAGCUGCAGUACGCCGCCUUCAAGCCCACCACCGACGUGCCCAGGAUCAUGAUCCCGGACGCCGACGGCAAGAGCAAGUCGGUCAACAAGUCGGUCAACAAGUCGCCCGUCGAGAAGGCGGCUGCCUUCUCCCCUCGCAUCCAGUCCCAGCAGGCCCUCGUCUCCCACGGCCCCUCCAACAGCAUCCUCAGCACCUCCAGCUACGGCGACGCCUUCCAGAUCACCCCGCCCUCGCCCCGCCACACACAGCCCACCAUCCACGAGCUCCCCACCCCCGUCGCGCCUACCCCUCUCCGCCCCCAGCCCGCCCCUGCCGGCCUGAAUGUCGACAACGUUGGCCAGAGCACCAACCGCCUGUCCAUGAGCCUGCGUCCCAUGCCCCCCAUGCACGACGACCCCGAGGAGAACCCCGAGGACCGCGCCAACCGCAUCCGCUCUUUCUACAAGGAGUACUUUGACGACUCCAAGCCCGAGCCCGUCGGCGGACACCAGUACACCGACUACCACGAGGACUACAGCUCCGAGUACCUCGACGGCGCCGUCUUCGACCCGCAAGCCCGCGGCUUCGUCGUCGCCCAGCCCAACGCCCCCUUUGCCGAGCCCAUUACCCGCCGCGCCAUGACACCGCCGCCGCGCGCUCCCCCGCGCUUCCGCAGCAACACGGGCGGCAGCCGCGCCCCGCACAUGUCCAACGGCUCCCUGGCGUCGCCGCAGCACCCUCCUCGCAACAUGUCGUCGAUGAGCGGACGCCUGCCUGCUCCUGCGCCCAGGAAGCCCCUGCCACCGCCGUCUGCUCUCUCCUCCCUGCCCACGCCCGGAAAGCUCACGGAGAACUCCAUGGUCUUCGAUGCCGCCGACUUCGCCCCGCCCAUCUCCUACCGCGACAGGCAAAACGGCAUGCGUCCAGACAGCCCGCUCGGUGCCCCCAGGCCCUUCAGCCCUGCUGUCCGCCCGCACACGCCGCUUGCCAGCUCCUACGACGACCUGGCCGUCAUGCCCAGCCCCCAUCUUCUUCGCAAGUCCGGCACCUUCACAGCGCUUGACUUUGCCCCGCCGCCCAAGUUCCGUGAGCCCGGCUCCUCCCGCGCCUCCGACGCCGGCUCGAUUCGCUCCAACCGCUCGGGCAUCUCCAACAACGCACAAUACGCCAUCCGCAGCGGUGCCAACCGUGUCAGCAGAAUCCCCAAGGGAGUCGUCACCACAAGAGACGGCCUCCUGGAUCAGCUGAGGCCGCAGAUGAGCCUGGUGACCAAGGCCUAG